AUGCACGGGCGGCGCCCAAUGGCGGCGUUCGCCGCGUGCGCCACGGCGGUCCUGCUGCUGCUGGCGGUCGGCUGUUGUGGGGCCGCUGCAAUGAGUCACGUCCUCGAGGGGCGGGAGGGGUUUGGAGGCCGCCCGGUGGCGUCCCUCGUCGGCCUGCGGCCACAGCGGAUCAUUGUUGACGGGCAUUCAUCGCACCAACAUCUGUCUUCUCGUAAAGUGCUGCAAGAUGACGAGGAUUUGGUGGAGGAGCUGCACGAGGCAGCAGAGGACGGGGACGUGGAUGAAGUAAAGAGGCUGAUUCCGCUAGUUGGGAACGUCGAUGCUGUCGACGACCGCGGGGACACCGCGCUCAUCAUUGCGGCGGAUUACGGCCAGGUUGCUGUCAUGAGGGUUCUUCUGGACGCUGGGGCAGAUAUCAACCACCAAGGCCAAAUAGGCAGCACGGCGUUGUGGGCUGCUGUCUCCAUGGACCAGGAGGAAUCGGUCCUCUUCCUCAUUCGGGAAGGCGCGGACGUAGAACUGCGAUCGGACGACGGGGCCACGCCAUUGCAAAUCGCAGCGGAGGACGGAAAUCUGCGCCUGGUUCGAGCCCUUCUGGACGGCGGUGCCGACGUGGACGGGAGGUAUUACAUGACGGGGGAGACGCCGCUCAUCGGCGCCACCUUCCGCCUGCACGCCGACGUCGUCGACCUGCUGCUGGAGAGGGGCGCCAACGUCGAGGCGCGGACGUCGUUCGGCUACACUUCGCUGCACAUAGCCGCGGCUCAGGGCGCCCUCGACAUUUUCAAGGUGCUCGUGGACGCUGGGGCGGAUAUCAAGGCCGUGGCCUGGGGGAACGGCGACACGGUGCUCAUCGCAGCGGCCGAGUUCCACGGCGUGGACGUCGUGACGCUCCUGGUGCAGAACGGCGCAGAAGUGCAGGCCAAGAACAAGUUCGGGCGCACGGCGCUGCACACUGCUGCCCUCUUUCCGGACAACAUCAACGUGCUGACCCUGCUGCUGAGGCAGCGGCUGAGCGUCGAUGCAGAGACCGAAGUUGGAGUGACGCCCGUCGGCGACGCGGCCUUCAUGGGCAAUUUGGGCAAUGUGAAAUUCCUCCUGUCAGAGGGAGGGAAGAUGGACGACGGGGUCACGGCUGUGUGCGGAUGCAUGGACACUGAGGACGACGAGGGAGCGCCGGACUGCCCAGCGGGCAACUGCGAAACAGAGGAUGACAUCAAAGAGCUCAAUGAGGCCCUUGGCAUCCUUCCUCCCAAGACACUUCUGGAGGCGGUGAAGGCGGGCAACCUGACGGCUGUGGAGGCUUUCAUCGAAGCCGGGGCGGAUGUCGAGGCGAUCGACGGCGAGGGCAACACGCCGCUCAUAUUCGCCGCCGUUAGGGGAUUGGACGGCAUCGCCCGAGCCCUGAUUCAGGCCGGCGCAGAUAUCGCUGCCGAAAACAACGACGGCCAGACGGCGCUCGGCUUGGCAGCCUUUUUUGGCCACAGAGACAUCAUCGAGAUUCUGCUGGCGCUGGGUGCGGAAGUGGACCACCAGGACAUCGAUGGCUACGCCGCUCUGCACUUCGCCGCGGAGCAGGGUCACCUGGAGGCCGUGGAGGCGCUUCUGGACGCGGACGCCAAUGUCGACUUGAAAGAGUUUUCUAUCGGGGCGACGCCCAUCAUCGUGACGGCGGGCGCCAGCCCGCCCCUGGGCGCGCAUUACAAGAUCCUGAUGGAGCUGAUAGACGUCGGCGCCGAGACAAGGAUAAACGGACAGGGGGAUUUGUCCGCCCUGCACGCCGCGGCGGUGAACCUUGGCAGCCAGUCCAUCAUGCAAGUGCUGAUCGAUGAGGGUGGCAUGGACAUCAACGCCGUUACGUCCGUCGGCUCGACACCGCUGGAUUAUGCCGCGUACUAUGGCAACACGGCCGGCGCGGAGUUCCUCCUGCACAAAGGCGCGGACCCCUCCGCCGGCAAGCAAUCGGAUGUAUGCGGCUGCCGCCUGGACGAGGGCAUCGAGGGCCUGCGUCCCUGCCCCCUGGGCGCCUGCCAGACGGACGCCCAGGUGCAGGAGCUGAGGGAGGUGCUGGGCAGGGGGGAGGCGGCCCCCGGGACCCAGCCAGACAGCUCCAUAAUACAGGGCGUGUUCGACGAGGUGGACUGCAGGACCAUCGCCGACGCGGUGGCGCAGCUGGAAUGCGUGGCCUCUGGCGGCCUUAGCUUCAGGACCGUCAGCCGGGGGUAA